CGGCAGUGACGAUGCUCUCAACGCCCACGUUUACGGUGCGUCGUCGCCAAAACAAGUCGUCUCGGAUCAGUGAUCGCUCUUUGCCUUCAAAGUAGACAGGUGGCGCUUAAGGACUGUAGAACGGUUGCCUCUGGAGUGAAUAGCUCCACGGCCGUGUUUCCGACAUCGCAUCGGAUAACAGGGAUUGCUCGAAACCAUGCAGAUGCGGCGAGCGAAAGCAGGUGCGUAUACUCGAUGUGCGCUAUAGUGCGCUAUAAAGUGGACGGCGGGGACGCUGUCAGAAGAUCAAGUGGUGUUCUUCAAACACGCAGAUGGCUUCCUACCCCAGCGAAAUCAACCCCCUUUCUUCUCUCAGCGACGACCUCGCGUCCGAGCUGCAGACUCGGGUUGAAGCGUCUCUACAAAACAUCAUCAACCGUAACCUCUUCAACACUCAGUUCGGUCGCAGCUCCGACCUUUUAGCGGGGCUUCGCCGCGAACUCACUCAGGGUGCCAACUUGGACGACCCCAAAACACGCGCAGACGCCUUUGCAGCUGCGAACCUCACUCUAACUGAAUACGAUGUCUAUGCACCAUACAUUGCCAAGUUCACCCAAAGCUCUCCUACCCAACUAUCUGACGUCGUCGACCUUCUCGCCCCUAGGUUGCCUCACAACCUAGGAAAAUCGAGCUCGACGUCGGGGAAGGCGUCCAAACUUGUCCCGAAUCAUGGACGUGUCCCCGGCAGCGUACCGCCAUAUCUCAAGGAAGGCUCCUCCCAUUUUAAGAGCAAACCCGGCUGA